GUGGCAGGUGAAGCCCUGAUAGGUGCCAGUGAAAGCUGCUGGCAGGGAGAGUAGCUGGGAGACACCUUAGAAAUGCAGCCCACCUCUUGGCAAAAGGGCACACCCCUACCUUUCUGUCUGGCUUGUGGGCAACAGCCUCUACCAGGGAGGGAAGGGCCCAGAAUAAUGGAUGGUUAAGUGCGCUCCACUCUUCUGAAACUGGAAAGGUGGGUCAUUUCUCAGGCUUUGUCCCUUAGGCUAAGUCAGGUUUGCUUAAGGCUUUCCCUUUGCAGGGGGUGGGGGGCCUCUAAGGAGGGGUCGUGGUGGUAGAAGCGUGGCAGAGCUCUCAGCAGUGGUUUCCCAAAGAGAAACCUACAUGUUUGGUCCCCAGGACUGGGCAGGACCCCAGGUCUGGGGCAGGACCCCAGGUCUGGGGCAGGACAGGAUAGGCAGUGACUGAGCGGGCCAGAGCCCAGCGUCCAGGGCAGAACCUCUUCCUCGCGUGAGGAGGGACGGGCAGGGGGCGUGGGGCCGAUCCUCUGUCUCUUGGUCCAGGCCAGGGCGCCUUCCGGAGUAGUCUACGCGGAGACCUGCCUUGCCCCCUGUGAGCACGAUCUCCUUAGCUGGCACCCGCAGGUUUGGGCCCCGCGGCCGUGAGGAUGAGCAGAGCCCCGUGGCUGGCGGCGCGUCACAAAAGCGGCAGGUCACUCCGUCUUUGGCCUCGGGAGGGGCCGGGCGAGGACGGGGGCAGGCGGCGUUGGCGGCGUUGCAGAGGCGGCGGCGCGGUGGGAGCAGGCCGGCGCUCGAGGUCCCUGCAGCCGGAGCAGCGGGGCGCAAAGAGCGGAAAACAAGUGAUUGCUUUUCUUUCCUCAUUUUUGGAAGCCCCACCUACCACGCAGCUGCUGUGGACAUCCCGGUUCCAUAAUGGACGAAGAAGGCCAACUGCUGCAGCCUCAAGACCAGAGCUGCUGGGCCACUCUGCCUGAUGUGUGUCUGCGUCGUGUUUUCUGGUGGCUAGGAGACAGGGACAGGUCCAGGGCGGCCCUCGUCUGCAGAAAAUGGAACCAGAUAAUGUAUUCAGCUGACCUCUGGCGAUACAGGACCAUCACGUUCAGUGGAAGACCUUCCAGGGUACACGCGUCUGAAUUCGAGUCGGCUCUUUGGUAUGUCAAGAAAUUUGGUCGUUAUCUGGAGCACCUGGAGAUCAAAUUCCUGAAUCCUUACAAUGCUGUCCUGACCAAGAAGUUCCAGGUCACCAUGCGAGGCCUUCUCUCGUGUCUGGGCAAGAGUAACAACCGUCUCAGAUCUCUGUCCAUCCAGCACCUGGAACUGGACCGCCUGGUCUGGAGGAACAGCAUCCGGAGCUCAUUCAUGAAAAGCUUGAGCUUCUUCUUGAAGAAAAUGGGCAAACACCUGGAUUAUCUCAACCUGAAAGGGGCCAGGCUCACCGUGGAGCAGGGCUGCCACGUCCUCAACUCCCUGAGCUACUUAAGGAACGAGAGCGUGGUGUCGGAGCUCAACAUCGAGGACUACUUCAGCCACCACCUCGCCGUCUACAGCAGCCCCCAGUUCAACAAGACCAUGGCCACGUUCCGCAGCCUGGCGUCCUUGACCCUCAACUACAACUGCAUCUCCGACGAGCUGCUGGAGAACUUGUGUGAGAACAAUGCCAGCACCCUCUGGACCAUGAACAUCAAGUGCCACGUUCAUGACCCCCACGGGCAGGUCAUCUGGGGCAUGUCCUGGGCCAAGCUGGCCAGGCACGCCACCAACCUGAAGGUCAACUUCUUCUUCGAACGAGUCAUGAAGUACGAGCGCUUGGCCCGAAUCCUCCUGCAGGAGAUUCCGGUCAGGAGCAUCAGUCUGAGAAGCUGCUAUUUCAGCGACCCAGAUUGGUCCAUGAGGCCCACCCUGACGGAGCUCCUGCCCACCUUCCGGCACACUCUGCAGAAACUGACUUUCGAGUUUAACAACAACCAUGAGUCUCUGGACGAGGAGCUGCACCUCCUCAUCUUGUCCUGCAGGAAGCUGUUUUACUUCAAAAUCUGGGCCUUCCUUGAUGUUAAGUUUGUGGAGAGGAUCCUGAAGAGUCAGGAAGAAGGCCAGUGUGCCCUGCGCACACUCAAGGUGAGAAUUUACACAAACAGAUAUGAGACGAAUGAAGAGGACAGAACACUGCGGGAAAUUUACAGGAAGUACAGAAAGAUGAUCGACUCAGAGCUCAACUAUUUUGUCAUCGCUUACCCCAUGAUGUGACAAGCGCCCUCCCGCUCUCUGGAGGAAGAGAGCCAGGAGCACUCUGAAGGUGACAAUCCAGUCCUCAGAGAACGACCCCUGGGGCACCCCCUACCCUCACCCCUUUUUCUUCUCUCUCUCCUUGUUGCCAGUUUCACACCAACAUGGCACCCCAGCUUCUACUGGGACACUGGUCAUGUGGAGAUCCCGACUGACUUUAAAGUGCUGUCUUUCCCAGCUCUCCAGGGGUGGUUUCUCUCUUUGUCAUUUAGUUUUGUUUUUUGACCCUCACUCAGCCGCAGAGCUGAAAGCCCAAAGCCGCUCGGAGCAGCAGCAUCUUACGCGGGGACCCUGACUCUGGCUGACCUCGCUCGCUAAAAGGUGUAAUUAGCCAGGGAGCAGAUAGAGCUGAGUUUUCCACUCACUGACAGCGUCAGUUCAGAAACACUUUCUAUCCUGGCUGACCUUCACCUCAGAGCCUCCUGACACCAGACGCUGGCCCAGGCCUGACCUCAGAUGAAUGAAAUCCACCAGUAUGUCCUCAAAUGAAGCAGGAAAAACCCCAUGUUUAGCAGGAGCCUGCUCAGAGCUGGAGGAGACCAGCCCAUAAUUAAUCCAUGUUGUGGACUCAGAUCACCUGCAUCUGCUCUCCUGGUGUCUCCUCUGUUCCCGUCUAGGCGGCGUACUGUCUAGCCUCCUGCCAACGUUCAGUCCUCCGGUGGGGCUGAACCAGAAGUGGCCACUACACUCAAAUUCACAAAGAAUCUGUAACAUCCUGGGGAGAUGCUCCUAGGGCAGUGCCAAGUGAAAAACGCAGGACACAAAACUACAUUUAGUAAAACCACAGAUACUUUUUUUUUUUUUUCUUUUUACGGCUGUACCUGCGGCAUAUGGAAGUUCCCGGGCUAGGGGUCCAUUCUGAGCUGAGGCUGCCGGCCUGCACCACAGCCACAGCAACGCCAGAUCCCAGCUGUAUCUGCAACCUAAGCCAAAGCUUCAGCAAUGCCAGAUCCUUAACCACUGAACAAGACCAGGACUCAAACCCGAACCCUCCCUGCGCUUAUGUCAGGUUCUUAACCCGCUGAGCCUCAGUGGGAAUUCCCAGUUGCUUUUUUAAGUGUAGAAGAGAUACACCAGAAAUAUUAAUUGUUAUCUCUGGGUGGUGGAAUUAUGGGUGAUUUUCUUUUCCUUUUUAUGUCUUGCUCUAUUUCUCAAAUUUUCUACAGUGCCCACGUGUUGUUUUUAUAGUCAUGGGGAAAUCUCGUGUGUUUUAAACGGGGAGUAAUGAUAAAUUCUUGAGCCCAGGCUAUCGAUAUGUAUUGCUUCUGGUCUUUUGAGAUUUUUGUGCAUAUAGUUGCAUAUAGGGUUUUUUUUUUCAAUAAAUAUAAAUAAAAUCUCA